UCGAUAUUAGAGAAAUUAAAGAGAUCCGUCCGGGGAAGAAUUCCCGGGAUUUUGAACGUUAUCCAGAAGAUGCCCGGAAGCUGGAUUCGGCCCUGUGUUUCGUCAUCUUGUACGGAAUGGAUUUCAGGCUGAAGACGUUGAGCCUAGCUGCCUUUUGCGAAGAUGAUGUCAAUCUCUGGGUGGCAGGACUGAACUGGCUGGUGGCCGACACACAGCGAGCCCAGACACCACUGCAGAUCGAAAGGUGGCUGAGGAAACAGUUUGACUCCAUGGACAGAUCAAGAGAAGGCAGCAUCACCCCCAAGGAUCUGAAGGCCAUGCUUCCCCAGGUCAACUACCGCGUGCCUAACAUGAGGUUCCUACGGGACAAACUUCUGGAGCUGGAGGUGCGCAAUGAACUUAACUUCAGCCACUUUGCACACUUCUAUAAAAACCUCAUGUUUGAUGCCCAGAAAUCGAUCAUUGAGCAACUGGAGUUGUCUUUCCCUUUACGAAACGUGGACCGGCCGGAACUCUGCCAAAUCACAUUGUACGACUUCCAGAAGUUCUUGCAAUAUGAUCAGAAGGAGCCAUGGGCGAGCGACAUUGGCAAAGUCCGUGAGUACAUGUGCCUUUACUUACGGGAUCUGUUCAGUGAUACGACGGAGCCAUUCUUCCAGUUGGACGAGUUUGUGAGCUUUCUGUUCUCCAAAGAAAACAUGGCCAUGGACUCCAAGUGUGAUCGAGUGGUGCCGGAGGAGAUGAACUACCCCCUGUCGCAUUACUGGAUCUCUUCCUCCCAUAACACGUACCUCACGGGAGACCAGUUCUCCAGCGAAUCCUCCCUGGAAGCCUACGCCCGCUGUCUCCGGAUGGGUUGCCGCUGCAUAGAACUGGAUUGUUGGGAUGGGCCAGACGACCUGCCGAUCAUCUACCACGGCCACACGCUCACCUCCAAAAUCAAGUUCUUGGAUGUGCUGCACACCAUCAAAGAGCAUGCCUUCACCACCUCUGAGUAUCCCAUCAUCCUCUCCAUCGAAGACCACUGCAGCGUCGUCCAGCAAAGGAACAUGGCCUCGCACUUCAAGAAGGUCUUUGGAGACAUGCUGCUUACCAAGCCGGUGGACAUCAAUGCUGACCAGCUGCCCUCCCCAGCCCAACUCAAGAAGAAAAUCCUCAUCAAGCACAAGAAGCUGGUUGAAGGGAACCUUUAUGAAGAAGUCUCCCUGGCCAGUUACUCUGAAAAUGACAUCAGCAAUUCUCUCAAGAACGGCAUCCUGUACCUGGAGGAUCCCAUUGACCACACGUGGAGCCCGCACUAUUUUGUUCUGACAAGCAACAAGAUCUAUUACUCCGAGGAGACCUCCCGCUAUCAAUCCAACGAGGAUGAGGAAGAGACCGAACAGAAAGAGGAGUUGAACAACAAUGAGCUGCAUUUCAGUGAGAAGUGGUUCCACGGCAAGCUGGGCGGAGGCCGUGACGGACGCCAGAUUGCGGAGAAGCUGCUGCUCGAGUACUGCACGGAGACCGGGGGCAAAGACGGCACGUUCCUGGUGCGGGAGAGCGAGACCUUUGUGGGCGACUACACCCUCUCCUUUUGGCGCUCCGGCCGCGUCCAGCAUUGCCGCAUCCAUUCCCGGCAAGAGGCUGGCACCACCAAGUUCUACCUGACGGACAACCUGGUCUUCGACAGCCUCUACAGCCUCAUCUGCCACUACCGGGAGGUGCCGCUGCGCUGCAACGAGUUCGAGAUGCGUCUGACGGACCCGGUGCCCCAGCCCAACGCCCACGAGAGCAAGGAGUGGUACCACGCCGACCUGACCCGGCUGCAGGCGGAGCACAUGCUCAUGAGGGUGCCCCGCGACGGAGCCUUCCUGGUGCGCAAGCGCAGCGAGCCCAACUCCUACGCCAUCUCUUUCCGGGCCGAGGGCAAGAUCAAGCACUGCCGGAUCCAGCAGGAAGGGCGGCUCUUCAUGCUGGGCAGCUCGGCGGAGUUCGAGAGCCUCCUGGACUUGGUCAGUUACUAUGAGAAGCACCCGCUCUACCGCAAGAUGAAGCUGCGCUACCCCAUCAACGAGGAGACCCUGGAAAAGAUGGGGACGGCGGAAUUGGACUACGGGGCGUUAUACGAGGUGCGGACCCCUCAUUUCUACGUGGAAGCCAACAAGAUGCCGAUGGCCCGGUGCACGGUGAAAGCCUUGUACGACUACAAAGCCCAGCGGGAAGACGAGCUGUCCUUCUGCAAACAAGCCAUCAUUCACAACGUCGACAAGCAGGACGGGGGCUGGUGGCGAGGAGACUAUGGCGGGAAGAAACAGCUCUGGUUCCCAGCCAACUAUGUGGAGGAGAUCAUGAACACCUCUGGGCCAGAACAGGAUGAAGCAUCCGUAGAGAACAGCCCCCUGGGCAACUUUCUGAAAGGGUUCAUUGACGUCCCGUCCUGCCAUGUGGUUAUCGCCAAAGACAGGAGGAGCUCCCAACCCUUUGUCUUCACCAUCCAUUCCCAGCAGAUGACCAACCCGUCCCAGUCGCUGGACGUCGCCGCCGAUACCUUGGAGGAGCUCAACGACUGGGUGGCCAAGAUCCGCGAGGCCACACAGAACGCAGAUGCCCGGAUGCAAGAGGGAAAGAUCAUGGAGCGGAGGAAGAAGAUUGCCCUCGAGCUCUCUGAGCUGGUCGUUUACUGCCGCCCGGUGCCUUUUGACGAGGAGAAGAUCGGCACAGAGAAAGCCUGUUACCGAGACAUGUCGUCCUUCCCGGAGACCAAGGCGGAGAAGUACGCCAACCGCAGCAAAGGGAAGAAGUUCCUGCAGUACAACCGCCGGCAGCUGAGCCGCAUCUACCCCAAGGGGCAGCGCCUGGACUCCUCCAACUACGACCCCCUCCCCAUGUGGCUCUGCGGCAGCCAGCUGGUGGCCCUCAACUUCCAGACGCCGGACAAGCCCAUGCAGUUGAACCAGUCCCUCUUCAUGCUGGGCGGGCGCAGCGGCUACGUGCUGCAGCCGGACAUCAUGCGGGAUGACCUCUUUGACCCCUUUGACAAGAGCAGCUUGAAGCACGUGGAGCCCAUCACCGUUCAACUGCAGAUCCUGGGGGCCCGGCAUCUCCCCAAGAACGGCCGCAGCAUCGUUUGCCCCUUCGUGGAGGUCGAGGUCUGUGGCUCAGAGUUUGAUAACAGCAAAAGCAAGACGGAGGUCGUAGCGGACAACGGCCUCAACCCCGUCUGGCUCGUGAAGCAGUUUGUCUUUGACAUCAACAACCCGGAGUUUGCCUUCCUGCGCUUUGUGGUCUACGAGGAGGACAUGUUCAGUGACCCCAACUUCCUGGCUCAGGCCACGUUCCCUGUCAAGGGCCUCAAGACAGGUUACCGGUCCGUGCCCUUGAAGAACAGCUACAGCGAGGACCUGGAACUUGCUUCUCUGCUGAUGCACAUUGAGAUCGCAAACGCCAAGGAGGAAGACGACGAGAACCUGUACUCCUCCAUCCAGCAGCUGCGCGACCUGGCCAACGAGCUGUCCAGCCAGAUGUCCAGCUUUGAGCCCAGCAACAACGGGGACUCCCGCUACCAGCAACGCCUGGAUGAGCUUCGGGCUGCGCAAGAGCGCCUUAUGGAGCUGACGGAAGUGCGCAAUCGAAAGCUGAUGGAGAAGAAGCGGCGAGACCGGCAGCUGGCCAACAAGCGCAACUGAUCCACGGCUCACCGCCCUGCCUUGUCCCCCUUUCCUCCUGGCGAGCCUGGAGCAGCCUCUCCCUUCGAGAACCCCCACAGAGGCCUUCGAGAUCAGCUGCUCCCCAAGCCGUGCUCUGCCGCUCCACCGGCUGGCGGGGGACCGCCGAGCGGCUGACAUCCCCAGAGCAAGAGUUCGUCCACUCUUGGGAAGCCAGAACGGGGUGCCUAGCCGGGCAUAUUAUUUUCCCACGGUCGCCGCACAGGCAGCCUCGAUGAACACAUAAAUGCCUGCACUCAGACCGAGACGGGGCGGCUCUCCUCCUGCCGGGUUUGGACACUGGAUGUGAAUAUCUUUGUUAAAAGGUUUGCUGCAGCCCCGUUUAAAACCGUAGUAUUUUCCUUCUAUGCAGCCGAGACGACCCGGCCCUUUUUAGUUACUCGUUCAUUGAAAGGGGCUUCUUUCCUCUAUUUUUCCUUUCGGUUGCAAAUGGGUGGCAGCGCCGUUAUGGCCGCAGCGUGCUCCUUCUUUCCCAGGUGGUGUUUUCUCCUUCCUGCGCAAAGCUGCCUUACCACCGCAGGCUGCAAAGAAGCCAAAGAACCGGUGAGAAUACUCGGAAGGCGAUGGGUGUUCUGGCGAGAUCGAGGGGCUUUGCCAGACGGAGGCUCAAAGGCUGACGGAAGCACACAAAGCUGCUGAACAGGAGUGGUCUGUUGGGGGGGGGAAGGGUGUCCAGAAAAGGACAGCCCCCCCUUUACUCCUGGUGGGUCACAGAGCUCACCUCGGCUGCAGGAGACCCACGUUCAGCGCUCACAGGCCUCUCGUUUCUGUUUGAAGCACACGUCCCGAUGUGAUCGACCUCAGCCUUGCUCCCACAUGAACUUAAUCCUCUGUGCUUGCACAGAGGUAAAUCCUCCCCCCACUCCCCUUUAUUUCAGCGAGGCUUCCUCCCAAAUCAGUGUGCCCACAAGAAUACAGCCUUGGUGUAAUUUAUUUAUUUAUUGGAGGGAGCGAGAGAGAGGGAAGGGCCACCUCUUCUUGGCGGGUCUCAUCGCUUUGAUCAGAGGACGUUUCCCCACAUUCCUCUCUUGGGCUGGCUACGUCACAAGCGACAUGCAUGCCGGGAAGCUGGCCCUGGAUGGGUGUGGCCACCAUCUCCUCACCCUCCGGCGGAAGAGCUGUGAGCAUCUGCCCGGAGACGUCCCACCCGGCCAGCGGACACAGCUCAAGAACGUUGAUUCUUUACUAGUGUCUUCGGAAGGAGGCUGGACACGGGUAUAAAAAACCCUGAGAGCUGGCACAUGUUUUUUUAUUGAAGCAACGGACUUAACUCUCCGGCAGAUGUUGCUCGUGGGGACAGGCUGUGCAUAGCCAUCCUGAUAGGCUUCUCAAAACCUCCUUUGCCAUCCUUCAGAUGAGUCUCAGGCCAGGAAGCCCUCCUCGGCUUCAGCCCGUUGUUUUGUUGCUAAUUGGUUUUAAAGCAGCACAACAUGAAGUCAGUUUCUGGAAGCCUUUCAGCCAAUGGAACGGCAGAAGCCAAGACAGACCGGGUACCUUCCCGAGCUCCUCCUCCCUGUGUCAAGCCACUUCUACAUUUAUUUCAGCAGCCUUUUAGAAAACCCGUAGCCCUUCUGUUGGUUGCAUUCUCCUGUGACGGUCCUCUUUGACUUUAGGCUUUCAUGGGAACAGAAAGCAAACUAGGCAAGUGUAGUGACCGCAGUUAAGCAGCCAGGGAGAACAGCUGCCUGCAAAAGCCUCUGACCUCAUUACCGUUGCAGAAGAGAGUGAGGCUGUACAAUCAGCCAACCCUCGGAUUAUUUUCAAGUGUUAACCGUGCCCUGGGAGAACUGCAGAUUACAGAAUUGGGCAGUAAGCAAGUGAAACUCCUUUAAAAGAGGGGAACCUAGCUAAUUCUCACAUCUUGAGAAGCUGCUCGAAAGGUGUUAUGUCAAAAAAAAAAAA